AUGUCAUCGUUGCAGACGCAGGCUGACUUUAUAUUUAGAAGCCAGUGCUGUAUGUGUGUACGCUAUAUAUGCACAGAAAGUCGGUGCACAGUCCUCAGUUGCCACUGUGGGUGCAGGAGUUUGCAAGACAAGACUCAUUGAACUCAGGUCGCCGGUCAACCAUGGCAGCUCACAAGGUGGUGCGGGUACCGACCAAGCCGUACGAUGACCAGAAGCCCGGUACCAGCGGCCUGCGCAAGCGCGUCUCCGUCUUCCAGAGCAAGGAGCACUACGCGGAGAACUUCGUGCAGGCCGUGCUGGGCUCCCUGGAGCCCGGCGAGAGAACCGGGGCCACCCUGCUAUGCGGCGGGGACGGCCGCUUCUACAUGCACCACGCCAUUGCCCUCAUCGCGCGCAUCUCGGCGGCCAACGGAAUUGGGCAGCUGGUGAUCGGACAGAAAGGCAUCUUCUCCACCCCGGCCGUGUCCAACCUCAUCCGCAAGCGCAAGGCGGUCGGAGGGAUCAUCCUGACGGCGAGCCACAACCCCGGCGGCCCCAACGGAGACUUUGGCAUUAAGUUCAACACGGCCAAUGGAGGGCCGGCGCCCGAGGGAGUGACGGCCAAGAUCUUCGAGUUGAGCAAAACGCUGAAGGAGUUCCUCACCUGCCCGGACGUCAACGUGGACCUGACGAAGGUCGGCACGCAGACCUUCAACGUCGAGGGCGCCGCCCAGCCCUUCACCGUGGAGAUCAUCGACUCGGUGGAGGACUACCUCGUCAUGCUCAAGGACAUCUUCGACCUGCCCGCUAUCAAGUCGCUCCUCACCGGCCCCAAAGCGCUGAAGCUCCGCGUGGACGCCAUGCACGGAGUGAUGGGGCCGUACGUGCGCCGUGUGCUGGUGCAGGAGCUGGGCGCGCCCGCCGAUUCGGCCGUCAGCUGUGAGCCCCUCGAGGACUUCGGGGGUCACCACCCGGACCCCAACCUCACGUACGCGGCCGAGCUCGUGACGGCGAUGAAGUCCGGCGAGUUCGGGGUCGGCGCUGCCUUCGACGGCGAUGGGGAUCGCAACAUGAUCCUGGGACACAAGGGCUUCUUCGUGAACCCCUCCGACUCGGUGGCCGUCAUCGCCGCCAACAUCUCGUGCAUCCCGUUCUUCCAGCGCACGGGCGUCAAGGGCUUCGCGCGUAGCAUGCCCACCAGCGGCGCCAUCGACCGGGUGGCGGAAGUGGAGAAGGUGGCCUUGUUCGAGGUGCCCACGGGAUGGAAGUUCUUCGGGAACCUGAUGGACGCGGGGAAGCUGUCGCUGUGCGGAGAGGAGAGCUUCGGCACAGGCUCCGACCACAUCCGAGAGAAAGACGGGAUGUGGGCCCUGCUGGCGUGGCUGUCCAUCCUCGCCUUCCGCAAGGAGAGCAUCGAACAGAUCAUGAAGGCACACUGGGCCAAAUACGGACGCAACUUCUUCACCCGCUACGACUACGAAGAGGUGGACUCGGGCGCGGCCAACACGAUGAUGUCCGACCUGGAGAAGAAGCUGUUCGACCCGGCCUUCGUGGGCAAGGCCUUCACCGAGGGGGACAAGACCUUCACGGUCGCCAAGUCGGACAACUUCUCCUACACCGACCCCGUGGACGGCAGCGUCUCCAAGAACCAGGGUCUACGCCUCAUCUUCACCGAUGGCUCGCGCAUCAUUUUCCGGUUGAGCGGAACGGGCAGUGCCGGGGCAACUAUCAGACUCUACAUCGACAGCUAUGAGAAGGACCCUGCCAAGAUCUACCAAGACCCUCAGGUGAUGCUGGCUCCUCUGGUGGCCAUCUCCCAGAAGCUCUCCGAUAUCCACGGGCGCACGGGACGCACCGGCCCGACCGUCAUCACUUAGUCGGCACGCGCCACGGCGACAGACACGAGAACACGACUCCGCACGCGGUGUACUCCUCCAGCCACCCCCCCCCCGCCCCUCCCCGCCCCUCCCCUUAGCUUACGUCUCGUUCGCCGAUAGCUUUGACCCCCGACCCAGGGUAAAAAUGCCUUUUGGUGUUGUCCGUCGCUAACCUUUGUCCAGUGUAAGAAACCAACAUUCGCAAACCCAUGGAUCUUGUUGCCGUUGCCUUCAUUGUGUUGGGCAGUUGUGGGAAUUUUUUUUCUCUCAAAUUCAAUCUUCUGCUGGUAGCUGUGCGGACUACGUAUUUUGAAUUGGUGUAAAACAGGACUGUUAUCAGAGGUUAAACAAAUUUUGGCGCGGUACUGCAUUGGCAGUGGUCGACAAGCACAAAUAACAAAAAGUCAACACAUUCGUCAAUAACACGUCUUCCCUAAAAGGUACGAAUAUAUAAUAGAUAACGUUUCUUCUGGCCGUGGCCAUUCAUCGCGGUGGAAGAAAAGAGACAGCAUUGGUGAAGUUUUAGGCAAUAGCCUUUUUUUUCCAUCGCAGAAGUUGGGCCAUUUCCAUAAAUAUCGCCCGUGAUAUUGUUUCUUCUUUCAGGGCAGUGUUGUUGAUUAUUUGUUGAGGUUUUGUUAUUCUUAAGGUUGCAUUGUCUUGUGCUAAAAUUCCACGAAAAAUGCCGUCAUUCUCCCUUAAUCACAUGCUUGAUUCUAUCAAAAUUAUUCGGGUAAUCUGCGACUGGGCGUUUCCAUAAGAUAUAUCCACAGGACGAUCAAGCCACAGUGGCAAUCUGUAGCAGCACAUUUGUGCGCCUGUAAAGCUUGAUUGCACGACAUUGUAGCGAAACUGUAUCGUGCACUCGUUUAUGUUGCAAAUAUCACGCACUGAAGCCAACAUUGUCGUUAACUCAGUUGAGAAUGAAAACGAUAACAAAAAAGACAUUCACUUGUGGCCCUAAGCACCAAGUUUGAGGAGUUAAAAGUUCACAGGUGGUGGUUUCAAAAGAGGGUUAUUUUAACGUUGUCAAUAAUACUCUCUGGGUUUUUUUCGGUAAAGUCACGUAGAUAGAAAAAAUAAUAAUAAUAAAAGAA